GCGAUGCCACCGCUUGAGGAUAUCAAAAAUGUGUUACUCGACGCGCUCACGGAGAUCGAGAGCACGGCGCGCGACGUUCUCGCGAGUCUCGACGAACGUCGUCUCGUUCGGGUGUCGAAGAAGCUCCCCGGCGGCGACGUCGAAUGCGGAGCCGCGAACGCGCUGUUUCACGCCCUACGCGCGCAGAGCGGUCGUUAUGCGUCCACCACGGUGACGUGCGUCUCGCCCAUGGGCGUCGAACGUGAACACACGGCCAAAUCGCUCGCCACGGCGGCGACGGAGCUCAUACCAAACGCGUUCGCGUCAAAGCAUUUCGCCGCCGUGCGCGUGCACGACGGCGGUGACAGCGGGAUGAUCACCAUAUGCACGUUAGAGCGAUAUGCCGAGCUGCGUGACGCGGGAUCGGCGAUGUGCGAUAAAUGCGGAAAAUUUAUCUCCGGCGGCGAACGCGGUUUGUGGUGGCAUCGAAAGACGAGGCAUAACGAUUUACACCAGGAAGCCAUGGACGCGGUGGAGAGAGAGCGAAACGCGCUCGUGGCGAUGUCGACCUCGGGAUCGAGGUCGGACCUCACGAACGGAGACGCGGCGUAUUUGGAUAAUAAGACGAAAAAAGCGUCGCGGGAGGACGAUUUGCGCGAGGCGAUGGCGGCGGCCCGCCGCGGCGACGCCACUGUCAUGGAUGCCCUGAUCGCGGCGAAGCGCGUCAAAGCACUGCCUUUGCCCGGACUUGAAGCCGCGCGGCGAGGCGAUUUGAAUCUCUUACGCUCGCUCGUUUCGCGCGAUGGAUGGGAUCCACGCUCGAAGGACGCCGUCGAUAAGCACGGUUCCAACGCGUUGCUUUGGGCCGCGGGCGCCGGGCACGUCGAGUGCGUCGAGUUUCUCGUCGAAAAAUGCUGUAUGAAUCCUCAAACCUCCGUCCAGAGCGGACGGCGCUCGUACGCCGGUCGAAGCGCCUUGCACUGGGCGGCGCGAAACGGCCACGUCGAGGUGGUGGAAUAUCUGCUUUCGCGCGGCGUCGAUCCGAACAGCACCACUGAAGACGGAUCCACCGCUUUCGCGUGGGCUUGUUGGCAAGGUCAUCUCGCCGUCAUGCGCCAGCUCGUUGAACGCGCCGAGUGCGAUUACAAGUCGUGCAACGAUUACGGUUGUAACGUCGCGUGCUGGACCGCCAUGGGCGCCGGUGGCGUCGAGUGUUGCGAAUAUCUCGCCUCACUCGGCGUGCGUUUCAAUUUGAUCAACGCCAACGGUCAUAGCUGUUUACACAAAGCCGCACAGCGUGGAAAUCGAGACGUGUGCGAGUGGCUCUUAGAUACGCCGAGUCUGGGUCUAACGCGAGACCACGCCCAACCCGACGCGGAGGGAUACGAUCCGGCGGGUUUAGCUCUCGUGGAAGGCUUCAACGACGUCGCCGACUGGCUCAAGGCGCGCCAGCUGGAGCUCGAGUUCGCAAACCAUAAACCUUAG